AGCAGCCUCCACUCUGAAGAAGGCCUGGGAGUUGCCUCCCUGAGUAUGAUCUAUGGUACUCUCAUCCUGUCCUCCAUGUUUCUCCCAUCAGUCAUCAUUAAGAAAUUUGGAUGCAAAUGGACCAUUGUAGGCUCAAUGUGUUGCUACAUUACAUUCUCUUUGGGAAACUUCUAUGCCAGCUGGUUCACACUCAUCCCCACAUCAAUGAUCUUAGGGCUGGGAGCAGCCCCGCUCUGGUCAGCCAAGUGCACUUAUCUUACCAUGGCCGGCAAUUUAUACGCUCAGAAAGUGGGCAAAAUUGGAAAAUAUAUAGUUACCCAGUAUUUUGGAAUCUUCUUUUUGAUAUACCGAUCCUCUGGAGUCUGGGGGAAUCUAAUAGCAUCUCUGGUUUUUGGCCAGACUCCCAAUAAAGUGAAUCUCACAGAAGCAGAUCUGGUGUGCUGUGGUGUAGGCAGUUGCAUGGUAAACACCACAAAUAGGACUGUGACAUCAAAAGGACCAUCUAAUACUUUGAUCUAUACUUUGAUGGGAAUCUACACAGCUAGUGAGAUUCUAGCUGUGUUGCUAGUGACUAUAUUUCUGGAUCAAAUCUCAACCAACCAAGCAGAGAGUGAAGAAAAGUCCAGGUCAUCUUUUAGAUCCACAUUUCUGGAAACAUUUCAACAUCUUAAAGAUAAACGCCAGUGUCUCUUGAUACCUUUGACUAUGUAUAGUGGACUUGAGCAAGGAUUCCUGGCCAGUGACUACAAUAAGUCCUAUGUGACCUGUGCUCUUGGGAUAAACUUCGUUGGAUAUGUGAUGAUCUGCUUUUCAGCUACAAACUCACUCGCCUCCUUGCUGUUUGGCAAGAUUUACCAGUUCACCGGUAGAAAGGUUCUCUUUACAUUGGGUGCCAUUCUCCAUCUCAGCUGCAUAAUAGUGCUAUUGCUCUGGAAACCUUACUCAAACCAACUUGCCCUAUUUUUUAUAAUACCUGCCAUCUGGGGUGUAGCAGAUGCUAUCUUGCAAACACUAACCAACGCUCUCUAUGGAAUUUUAUUUGAGAAGCACAAAGAGGCAGCCUUUGCAAAUUACCGCCUGUGGGAGUCAUUGGGCUUUGUCAUAGCCUUUGGCUACAGCACCUUCUUAAGCGUCUCCAUCAAACUAUACAUUCUGGUAACUGUUCUGAUUGUGGCGAUGGUCUUAUACGGAGCAGUCGAAUACCUGGAAUCCAAAGUGUCUUCUGGAACACCUCACACUGCUAACCAGGAGCCAAUCACAUCACAGCAAAAUGCUCAAUCAACAAAUCUCUAAGUAAGGAAAUCUAUGCAGAAAAGGGUUCUAAAUCAAAUCAAAGCUUCCAUAAGGACAUUUACUGGACAACAGAGAAUGAUGGCCAUGAGAAGGUUCAAGACACUGCUUUAACAAUGUGCACAGGAUUUUUUUUUAUUCUUCUUUUGUGAAAAGACUUUGCAGAGUAUUAUGAACUUUCCUUGUAUAGACUCUCCAACCAACUUCACAGGAUGGUUGUUAUGGGGAAUAAAUCAGAGGAUGGAGUCCUGUGUAGGCCACCUGAAUUCCUGGAACAAAGAUAAAUAGUGGACAAAUACAGCACUGAUUUUCAUUUUACCUAUUUUUUUAAAAAAAAUUCAAAAUCAAUAAACAAUGACAAUCAAUAAACAAAAUAUUUCUUUUUGCACUACACACUUUGUAUUGACAUAGCAGAUAUAAAUUGAUGAUUGCAACUGGAUCUUAGUAUAGUAUAGUCUUUAUUGUCAUUGUACAAAAUAAAUACAACGAAAUUGGUUGAAAUCUUGUUGAAAUCAGGAGUGAACAUUUUCUUUAGAGUUAAGAAUUCUGGGCAAUGAGCCACAUCCUAGAUCCCCAUCUAUACAACUGUCAAAUUUUGUAUACAUUCAGCUGUUAUCACACAGAUUGGAUAUAUUUCCUGCAAACAUAAGAACUCAUACAUUCAGAAACAAGCUGAAUUUCCUGAGAGAAGGGUAUUUUUUUUCUUAUUCAAUGACUCCAUGUAAAAGUAGAUAUUGUAACUCUGCACGUCAAGGUCUAUCCAUUCCUUUUGCACAAGAAGGCACCUUAAAACUACAGAUAGUACUCGACUUACAAUCACAAUUGAGCCCAAAAUUUCUGUUGCUUAAGUGCAACAUUUGUUAAAUGAAUUU